AUGAAAUCUAUUCAAAAAGAUGAAUCAACUUUUGCUGAUAUUAUUUAUGCAUUUUUUCAAUCACAUUAUGCUGUUGAAACAUUAUUACUAGGAAUAAUAGUAUAUAUGUUAUUAUUUAGAAAAAAAGCAGCUAAAAAAGAGAUUGUUUCAUUGUUAAGUGAGGAAGAGAUUGAACAAUAUAUUAAUGAAUGGGAACCAGAACCAUUGGUACCUGAUACACCACAAGAUCAUCCAGCACUUAAUCCAAAAUUUGUAGAAGGUAAAAUGGGUAAAUAUAUAAAAAUAGAUGAUAAAGAGUGUAUUAAUAUGGCAACAAAUAAUUUUUUAAGUCUUGUUGGAGAUAAAAGAAUUGAAGAUGUAGCUAAAAAAACUAUAUCAAAAUAUGGUGUUGGUUCCUGUGGUCCUCGUGGAUUUUAUGGUAGUGUUGAUGUACAUUUAGAUUUAGAAAAAGAAAUAUCACAAUUUCUUGGAACAGAAGAAACAGUUUUAUAUUCUUAUGGUUUUGCAACUAUUUCAUCUGCCAUUCCUGCAUAUGCCAAAUCGGGUGAUAUAAUUUUUGCCGAUAAAGCUGUAAAUUAUGCCAUACAAAAAGGAAUUCAAGCAUCAAAAUCUAAAGUUGAAUGGUUUGAACAUAAUGAUAUGAAUGAUUUAGAAAGAAUACUUAAAGCUCAACAAGUUUUAGAUAAAAAAGAUCCUAAAAAGGCAGAAAAAAUACGUCGUUUUAUAGUAGUUGAGGGUUUAUACUCCACCACAGCAGACAUCUGCCCAUUACCAGAAAUUUUAAAACUUAAAUGGAAAUAUAAAGUUCGUGUAUUUGUUGAUGAGUCUUUGUCAUUUGGUGUACUUGGAAAAACAGGACGUGGUGUGACAGAACAUUUUAAUAUUAAUGUAAUUGAAGUUGAUAUGAUAAUGGCAUCCUUAGAAAAUGCCUUUGCAUCAACAGGUGGUUUUUGUUCUGGAAGAAGUUAUGUUGUAGGUCAUCAAAGAUUAUCUGGACUUGGAUAUUGUUUUUCUGCCUCUUUACCACCUUUAUUGGCUACCUCUGUCAGUGAGGCUUUAAGAAUAAUUCAAAGUGAGGAGAAAAAACUUACACUUUUAAGAGUAAAUGCCAAAACAUUAUAUGAAGGAUUAAAGAUGAUUUUAAAUAAUACAGAAUAUUCCAUCAAAGGAUCUGAAUUAUCUCCAUUUUUACAUAUAAUUUAUAAUGGUAAACAAUCUGAUGCUGAUCAAAAAUUGGAUCAUUUAGUUGAAUUACUUUUUUCUGAAAAUAUUGUAGUUACCAGGGCAAGAUAUUUAGAUAAAGAUGAAAAGUUUCCUCAAGAUAAAUCUAUUAAAGUUACCAUAUCUAGUGAUUUUACUGAAAAUGACAUGAUCAAUAUUUUAAAUAUUUUUAAAAAAGUUUUAAAGGAUGCAUAA